UCGUUCAAGCGAAAAAAAUCCGGUUUAGCAGAGCGGGACGUCGCUGUUGAAAUUGUUGGCGUCGGCGUGUACGCCACCUCUACUCUUGCAAUCUUGCGGAAAUGGCAUCGCGCUCGAAAAAUUAUCGCCGAAGUUGAAAGAGCGUUGAAGUGGAUCGACAGCGUCGACGUUACUCUGGGAACCGGUUCUUUUGCCACUUCUCAAGACCCCGAUCUCAUCGACAAACUCAAGUCCCUUCCGAUUCUCUCGUCAAGCGUAAGUUACCUUAUUUCAUAG